AUGUCGAAAAGAAAAAAUUUUUGUCCGUUAAAACUUAACCAAAGUUAUCCGUCUGAAUUUGAAGCAUCUUUUAGUACUCCUAAAAAAAAAAGAGUUACAUUCCAGGAAGCUUUAAGUGAAAAUAUAUUAAUUAAUAAGUUUAAAAAUAGGACAAAGUUUAAAAUAAAAAAAUUAUUAAAAGUUGUUCCUAAUGGUGGUGUGAUAUUGGGUGAGUUGACAUUUUCAUUCGAUGAAAUUAAUUUUGUCGAUUUCGAUAUGGACAAUUGUGAAUAUCUAUUUUUAGUAAAUGAUACGGAAGAAAUUAUAAAGAUAAUUCUUAAAAUUAGUUCAUGCAGCAAUAAAAAUUCAUUUAAACUUGUAAAUUUAGAAAUGAAUGAUGAUAUACUCUUAUUAAUCAUUGAUGAUUUAUUGCAGCAUAAAUUUUACUGGAUUAUUGAUGAAAAAGCUUUAACGGAAAAAGUUUUAAAAGUAAAAAUUGUCAUUACACCUGAAAAAACUCCUAUAUCGAAAGCCACAUCCCUCAUAAAUUUAUUUUUUUCAAAAACAUUUUCAAAUGAAUUCAUAGAAAACGGUAAUUGUAAAAAAGGUUUUAUACAAGAAUUUUUCAAAGAAAUUCAAAAUUAUCAAAAACUAGAUGAAAAAGUUCCUGAAAAAAAUAUUAAUCAAGAUGAUCUCAUACCAGUAUUAAGACCAUAUCAAGAAAAGGCUGUCGAAUGGAUGAUUUUUCGAGAAAGCUGCGAAUUGCAAGUUCAGAAUUUUAAUUGGAUUUCAACUGUGAUUGAAACACUUACUUCGAAAUGCAACAAUAAAAUUUACUACAAUAAAUAUACAGGUCUAUUAACGUUGGAAAUGGUUAAUUUUCUUCCUUUUCCAAAAGGUGGAAUUUUAGCAGAUGAAAUGGGUUUGGGAAAAACAGUGGCUAUCAUUUCUCUCAUUCUAAAUCAUAAAUUUAAUGUUGAAAAAGAAAACGAAACAAGUUAUUUGCUUCCACAUGCUUUGAACGAAACUCAUAAAAAAAUGUUGCACAAUUCGAAUAACUGUGUGAAAAACAAUAGUGAGAUAAUAGCAAAAAAUAAAGAAGGUUGUUUAAAUGCUCAUGAAAAAUUAAUUCUUAAUAAUGUAUCAAGGGGUUCAGCUUUGAGAAAAGCUUUGAAUGAAUGGUACGAAUCAAAAUUAGCAGAAUACAGUGCAGGACCUGCAAAUAAAUUAAAAAGUAAAGAAAAUAAUAAAAUUAAAUGCAUAUGUGGAAACUUUGCAUCGAAAAAAAGAGAAAUUUGCGUCGAGUGUCCAGAAUGUAAAAGAUGGCAACAUGGCGAAUGCGUUGGAUUUAAUGAAAAAUUUUUAUAUUAUUGUCCUUCGUGUUGGCCUAAACAAAAAUUGGUGUGUUCGGGCGCAACAUUAAUAAUAGCUCCCGCAUCCAUUUACCAUCAGUGGUUCGACGAAAUAAAUAAGCAUGUAAAACCGAAUGCUUUAAGCAAUGGAGUAUUCAUGUAUAACGGUUUAAAAGAUGGUUUCGUUCAGCCUUCUGUUUUAGCUGCCAACGAUAUUGUCGUCACAACGUAUACAAUUUUGGGGUCCGAGUUUAAUCACACUACCCAACACGGAGGUGAUAGAAAACUAAGGAACGAAGAAAGGUUUUUAAAAAUGAGUUCGCCUUUAACUCAAGUACAAUGGUGGCGUCUGUGCUUGGAUGAAGCUCAAAUGGUCGAAAACGAUCAUUCUCAAAUCAAUCAAAUGGUAAAUUUGAUCUCUGCCAUUAAUCGUUGGUCUGUCACGGGUACUCCGAUACAAAAAUCAAUUAACGAAUUAUAUUACUUGAUAGAAUGGCUCAAAGUAGAGCCGUUUACCGAAAAAUCAUUAUGGCAUAAUUUUUUAUAUCAGCCUUUCAUCAACGGUAAUAAAAUUCCGCUUUAUUCGGUUUUGAGUAAAAUUUUUUGGAGAAAUUCCAAAGAGGAUGUGGCAUCCGAAUUAAAUUUACCCGAGCAAACGGUUCAGUAUCAUUUUUUAAAAUUUUCAGCCAUCGAGCAAAAUUUUUACAUGAGAGAACAUUCUGUGAGCUCUACUGAUUUUUCCGAACGAUUGUUUCGAUUAGGCUUGGAAAAGAAUCGAACGAUAGAUUCGCUGGAUAAAACCACUCUAACAAGUCUUCUGGCACCGUUGCUUAACCUCCGGCAAGCUUGUUCGCACCCCAUGGCGGUGAAAGGAAGCAAAAUAUUCAGCAAAACGGGUAACAUGACUCUUUCCGAAUUGUUGCAGUAUUUGUUUAACAAAACAAAAGUAGAAUGCGAAGAGGCGAUGAGAUUACACAUAGCAACUUUAAACGGUUUGGCUGGAAUACACACCAUUUUGGAAGAAUGGAGUACGGCCGUGGAAUACUACCGGCAAGUUUUGCAAAUAGUCGAAGAACACAAAGAAAAAAUUCACGUUGACUCCCUUCAAAGGAUUCAUACAUUGACAAAUUUGGCUGAAGUGUUGCAGUAUCAUUCGGAAGGCAUACCACCCACGCUAAGAGAUGAGUCUUUGAUAUCCCAUGCUAAAAUAUUAGAAGACAAGUACAUGGAAAACGCCAUUGCAGACUUGAAAUCGGAUGAAAAUAUUUUAAACGGUUUGACAUCGAAAAUAUCUAAUCUGGAAAAAAAUUUCGAAUCCGCCCCUGGAGUUUGGUGGAAUCGAGCUAUACACAUAUUGACGGUCGAUGGUUCGAUAAGAGAAUUGAAAGACAAGAUCGAAACGGAAUUGAUAACGAAUGAAGUUGACACGAAAAAACAAGUCGAAUUUUUCCUCAGCAAAAUAUCAUCCGUGAAAGGAGUCGAAAUCAUGCUCAGGAAUUGGUUGACGGGAAUCAAAGAAAAUCGCGAAAAAGCAUUGAAAAAUUUAGAAACCCUGAGAGAAAUGUCUAACGAAAGUCUCGUCGGGAGUGCCGUCGAUUGUCAUUUAAGAUCGACGACGUCUGGAGAUGCAAAAAAAAAAGAGAAAAAAAAAUGUCAGCUUUGCAUUUGCGAGUCGGUUUUAUUGGACUAUGAAUGUUCGUUGUUUGACGUGUCGAGAAAAGUUUUGAGAGAUAAUUACGAAAAAGCAAUAGACGGAGCACAGACGAAAGGAUCAUGGAGAGCACACAAAGCCGAAAAAUGUUUGAAAGCGUUGUUAAACGUUAGCAAAUCGAAAAAAAAUAUGGAAACCUGGUGCGUGAACGAUGGCAAAACUCACGUGCAAAUUUUGGAAGCCAUGAAAAAGGAGUUCAAACAAAUCCGAGCCGUUUGGAUGAGCAUCAAUCAUCAAGUUCAAGCGUUCGAUGAAAUAUCAAUGUGUAAAUUGAGAUUGAGAUUGAGACUACCGGACGAACCACUUCCGCCGAAAAAGUCGUCGAAUUUAAGUUUGAAAGAGCAAAACAAGGUUGAAACGAUUUUCAUUAUCGAAAAUCACGAAGUCGAACCUCAAAGACUUAAACUCACGAGCGAACUCGAACAAUCGAAAAGCGAAUUUAAAAAAAAAUAUGGAACUCUUUUGUAUUUGAAAAAUUUGGGUCAGAAAGAAAAUCCGAAACCCGAACCGUGUCCCGUUUGCAAAACGGUUUUGGAAAACGAAUGGUGCGUUCUCCAGUGCGGUCAUUCCUUUUGCAUCGAUUGCAUUCGUAUAAUGUUGACGAGAAGUUCGAAACCCUCGCUGUCGUGUCCCGUUUGUCGAGAAACGACAAAAAGUUGCGAUUUGGGUUUCAUCGAUAUGAGCGGGAAUCAAGAGGAUUCCGGAAUAAAAGUCAUCGGGGAUCAUUCGACGAAAGUCGACGGAAUCGUGAGGAGUUUGCUGUCGUUAAAGAGGGAAGACGAAAACGUCAAAGUUUUAAUUUUUUCAACGUGGGGAGUCGUUUUGAAAAUUUUGGAAGUCGCGCUGACUCAAAACAACAUUUCUUUUCGCCGUAUGCCGGGUCACAAUUAUCAAAUACAUUUGAAACAAUUCAAAGAUCCUAAUUUGAAAGUGACGGCAUUGUUACUCCCCAUAUCGUGGGGAUCGAAAGGUUUGAACCUGACGGAAGCCAAUCACGUUUUUCUCGUCGAGCCCAUCAUGAAUCCGGCCGAAGAAUUGCAAGCCGUCGGGAGAGUGCACAGGAUCGGUCAGACGAAAAAAACGACGGUACAUAAAUUUUUAAUUAAGGGAACGAUAGAGGAAAAAAUCAACGACGCUGUGAGUAGCGAGGGAAAAGAAAAGUGGGUGCAGAAAAAAGUUACCGUCGAGGAUUUGACAAACCUUUUUGACAUGAAAAAAGAUUUCUCUGUAAAGGUUAUGUUGUUGCAAACAUAUUGGACACAUCGACUUCCGGUAUCCCUGUUCAAAUCGAAAACGUCAAUUUUUGCCACGGCGAUGACGUCAAUUCAACGACCAUCUUCCAACAUGGCUGCAUUUCGUGACGUAUUCAAACGUUCGAAAAAUUUGCUGAUACUGACGGGAGCGGGAGUGUCGGCGGAAUCUGGCAUCCCCACAUUUCGUGGACCCGGAGGUUACUGGAGAAAAUAUCAGGCGCAAAAUUUAGCGACGCCGGAAGCUUUUCGCGCAAAUCCGUCACUCGUUUGGGAAUUUUAUCAUCACAGAAGGGAAACGGCUUUGACGAAAGAACCCAAUAACGCUCAUAAAGCGAUCGCAGAGUGUCAAAAUCGUUUUGCCAAAGAAGGGAAAAAAGUAUGGAUAAUAACGCAAAACAUUGACGAAUUGCAUAAGAGGGCAGGGGCUAGUGACGUCAUAGAACUUCACGGAUCACUUUUCAAAACGAGAUGCCUGAAAUGUAAAGAAAUACGGGAAAAUUACGAUAGUCCCGUGUGCUCGGCUUUGGAUGGAAAAGGAGCGCCCGAUCCGUGUGCUGAAUCUGCCGACAUACCGGAAAAGCUUUUGCCAAGAUGUAAGAAAGAAAAUUGCGGAGGACUUUUGAGACCGCACAUUGUUUGGUUCGGUGAAAAUUUAGAUCCGAAAGUUUUGGAAUUGACGGAAAAAGCUGUCAACGAAUGCGAUUUGUGUUUGGUCGUCGGUACGUCUUCCGUCGUUUAUCCGGCAGCCAUGUUUGCUCCGCAGGUGGCGUAUCGAGGAGUAUCCGUUGCAGAAUUUAACAUUGAAUCAACUCCAGCAACUGGAGAUUUCGAGUAA